AUGCAAGCUGAUGCCGAGAGGUUUCUUACUCACGUGUCUGCCCGCAGAGCCGCCGCAGCUGCCCCUCUGCAAGCGGGCAACUUCGGAGAGCCCAGCAACUGCAUCCCCUGCGCUCUGCUGGCCAGCCUGAAGGCAAAAGCAACCAACCUCGGCUCCCUGGAGCCUGCAGCUCUGGCAGGUUUCAUAUUGCAAGCGACCCGAGCCGGUGCGGGACGGGGACGGCCCAGGGACAGCGGGGCUGCGGGGCGGCCACAGCAGCGCUCGUUUCACAGGGGACCACAGGACACUCACACCCCUUUCACCUGGGACCUUGUCCACUCCCUAACACUACUCCCUCUUCUUUCAGCUUUUUUCAGCUCCUCGAAUUUUACUUGUAAAACACUUCAGGCAGUUACCAGAAAGCAUUUGACGUAUUUUACUGCUUUUCAGAGCUUCUUGAUCAAAAGCGAUGUUUAUCCCUCCAACCUCCGCGCUCCGAGGUGCCCUGCGGUGGCCAGCCCGGGGCCACCGAGCCGCUGCUGUGCGCAGGGGAGCGGCGAAGGCGCCGGGGAGCGGGACCGGGAGCGGGACCGGAGCCACUUAGCACAUCUGCAAGCUGCUGCCGGGCGAUUAUCAGGUCAUUUCUUCCGUAAUGCAAACCAUGCGCUCUCGUAUCACACUAAACCGCUAAUCGCGAAUGAUGCGCUCCGUACCGGAGGUGAGCGGCUGCCCCCGGCCGGGGCUGGGGAAGAGCCCUGGGCAGAGUUUGUGGGUCCGGCCCUUCCUUCUUCGAGCAGCGCCGGCAGCUCCCGCGGGGACCUGAAGUGCCGAUGGGGACGUCUCCUCUGGGCAUACCCGGGGUCGGUGUGGGUGUGUAUCCUCUCCUGGGCAUACCCGGGGUCGGUGUGGGUGUCUAUCCUCUCCUGGGCAUACCCGGUGUCGGUGUGGGUGUGUAUCUCCGCCAGGGCAUACCCGGGGUCGGUGCAGCCCAUGCCUGCCCCCAGCCGCACCUCCCGAGGCUCUCCCGAGGUUGCUGCUCCCGAGGGAAGCGGCGCCCGGAGGAGAGCGACGGAGCCCCAGCCCUGGCCCAUGUGUGGCUCCUCUGCGAGGGGCCGGUGGGUACACGUGUUGGUACAUUUUAGGGAUGGGGGUGUCUAACGCAGCUGUGCUCCCCGAGGAUGCCAAAUGCCACACAUCUCGAGCCACUGCUAGCAAGGACUCCCUGGUCGGGGUGUGCCUGAAAGCAGUGUCAGUGCAAACAUAAUCUGUGCUUUGGUGUGUUUCGGUGUCACUUUAAACUGUACAGUUACUCGGUUUCUCUUUCCCCAUACCUGCCUCCUCAAUCUGUUUCUUCUGUGAGUCCAGUGUCAGUUUUCAGCACAAUCUCAGACGGCACAUGGUGUUUGUCAGGAGAUACACCCUCGCCUUCCAGAUCUCCUUGUCAAGUCUUCGGUCUCAGUCCCAUUCCCAACCAUAAUGCCUGGGAUGAAGCAUUUCCUUGUCCCAGGUUUUUCAGUCUCAACACCGUGGGUUUCACCACAGUCAAGCAUCUCCAAAAGCCUGAGCAGGAACUGAGCAGCUCAGGCUUGGUGGGAUUGAAGCCUUGCUGCUGGACUCUGUCACCAGCCUCUUUGUUCAGCCUUUUCUAGUUACCUACAUGGAUUUUGACCUUUUUGUGAAGUUGUGGACUCAAGACUUGAUGGUUCUCAGGGAACACAGCUGCUCCUCAGAUGUCCCUUUAUUCCUCCUCCAUGCUGAGUGUCAGUUUGUUGCCUCGGUUGAAGUCUACCCUCUGUUCUCUCCCACUAAAGUUCAACCCUUUCUGUUUCUGCGUGCAAAUCAGACACUUUUCUCUCCCACAAGCUCUAAGACCAGCAGGAAGUGCAGACAGCACCAGAGA